UUCAGAAGAGGCGCGGAAGUUUUCCUGCCAUGCUGGCCAUGCUAUAGUGUCAACAAUCAGCACCAACUAAACAGUCUGUUUUAAGACGUUCUUUUCACGCGUAAGAACUGUCUGUCUCAUGUCUCGUGUGUAGUUUCGUGCCUGUCAUGUCGGGACGAUGUUUUGUAGAGUCUCUGGCGGAGUUAGGCGUUUGGGCAACACCGAACACAUCAGGGAUCACAUUAGACUUUGGAGGACAUGCAUUUAUCUACAGUGGAAGUGAGGAGGUCUAUAUAUUUAACCUAAAAGACAAGAAACUUAUGGGCAUCUUGCAGUUUCCCACUUCAGUUAGUGACUUGAUCCAGAGUGAAGACAACCAGCAUCUCUUUGCAGCUUGCAGGAGUGCAGUAUAUAGCAUCACAUUACCUCAUGAGAUAUUCAGAUUGGCCGCCACUGAAUCUUCAAGCCCAACAGAGUUCAAAAUAACUUCAGAUCACCUUGUUAUAAGAGAAGAGAGAGUGUUGUGUCUUCUUACAGUUGGGACAACACUAGUGACCUUAUCCCGAAGAGGCUCAUCCUGGCUUUUGACUGCGAACAAACCACGGAAGAAACCUGACAUCUUUGAAAGGCUUUGUUCAUUUAGUAUACCGGCAGUUUCAGAUGGAACAGAUGAGAGAAGACCUGUGAUGGAGUGUGUACACUUGAGCGAUUCGUCAUCCUUAUCAGAUAGCCACUUGGAGCCUACACUUUUCAAACUUUUAUUCGGCAUCGACUCCGCCCUCAUCAAAUCUCCAAUUAUUUUAUGUGGCCUCCCAGAUGGACGUUUGUGCUCCCUGUCUCUGCAUCUCCCAGGAAUCCGAACUGUUCACAGCCUAGAAGAGCCAGUGGUAUUUAUCGGAGCAUCUGUUGCCAUGGAAACGGAACCAGGCCCCGAUGCUUGCUGCUUAGUGGCUGUAGGUGAACAUGGCAGAGUGGUGGUCAUAAAGACGUGUGAAGGAGCCACAGAGGAGGACCCCAGACAAGUUAGUUUCACCGAAGGUUGUGUGCCAGGGAAAGUGAUGUCAGCCUGUGUGGAUAAGAGCUGUCUGUAUCUAAGCACUGGUUCUGAUGUGCUGUCAAUCAACCUGGCAGAAGAAUCAAGUGGGAAAAGUGGAUUGAUUGAGGAAAGAGCAAGGAAGCACAACAAUAGUCUUCUGAGUCCCACCAGUUUGAAUGUGUGUAGAGUCAUCGCUUUGACUAAACCUACAUCCAAAAAUUCAGGGGGUGUCGAGCUUCUCGGAUUGUCUGACAAAGGGCAGCUUCAGAACAUUAUUCUUCCUGAAAAUGGAGGAGGUGGAGAAUCAUCAGUACAACAACGAACCCGGGUGGGCCGCAGUGUGAAGGACCUCCUGUCCGCAAUAGGCGAUGUUUGUCAAAGAGCGUCCAACCUAAAGUCCUCCAUCAAAUCCAAAAACGAGAUUCUACGACACCUAAACCAAGUUGCGAAUGUCAGCUUCCUUUUGUUUAAUAACACUGAAGGUGUUGAACAGCCACUCAGAUGCCUUGCGACAGUCCAUUGGACCAGGCUGCUUCUGAAGGACUCCUUACACCUUACAUGUAUCCUGGAAAACAAUAGUUCUUAUUCGCUGGAACAAGGCUGGACUCUGAAUCUUACCGUCUAUCCUCUGUCAGAUUCCUCACAAGAGCAAAAGACAUCCACUAAUUAUUCUUUCCCAUUCUGCAGUCUCUAUCCGGGACAGACAUUUGAAGUGACAUUGCCUUUAACUGCAGCAGAUGAUAAGCUUUUCCCCAUAACAAUUAGCUGUGUGCUAGUUUUUUCACUUAAGGCUGUGUUUGAUGAGAGGCAGUUAGCAAGUCUAUUAAAAGGGCAAAAUAGUACCAUUAGCGUGCCAUUAAACACAUUGGCAGUGGACUGGUUACAUGCACUCCAGCUAACAACAUCUUUCAGUGAGAAAAAUGUAGCUAUUCACACCAGAGUCAACUCCUCAGUGGAUGGUGUAGAACGAUUUUUAACAUCAAAAGGUAAAAAUAAGGUUGAAAAAGUGAACAGCAAACCUUAUUCAGCUUGUAUAAAGAUAUCAUUAGAUUUGCUUAAACAUACUCUUGCGUCAAAAAAUGCAAAUAUGGAGACAUCACCAAAUCUCUGUGUUACUUUUCUGAGCUGGCUCUUUUCUGAGCCACACAGAGGCGUGACAGGACACCAGUGGGAAAGAACAACAAACACUGCAGUGCUACAUUUACAAUGCCUAAAUGGCCAACUGGUUAAACUGGUUGCAAAAGAGGUAAAUUUUGGCAUUGGAAAUGAGAUCCUGGCAGUUGUGGAGGCGCAGGUGGAGAGUCUGUCUUUGGCUGCUGUGUGUGGAUUACACCAUGCCAUCGUAAAUAGGAUGCAGACUCUGGUGAAGAGGGCACCCAAGACGCUUUCCGCUUUGAGAGCAGAGACCUUUGGCUUAAGACCAGAACUUUUGCGAGCAGAGCACUUGUUGCAGCAGGUCCAGGACAGUCGCAUCUCCGGAGUGGUUGGUGUGGGUGUGUCUUCAGGCCAUGUGACCCGGUCACUUCUAAAGGUGUACCAGGAGCUACGCCAACAUCCUCUGGUCAUAUUUUAAACCCCCAAAGGACUCUAUGACCCUUAAGUAUUGGUCAAUGUUAUGUUUUGGUUUAUCCUUAAAUAUCGGACAUUUCACCAAAUAUAAAUGUAUGUUGCAUUGUAAAAGAAUAAAUUAUCUGAUGUUA